UUGAAAUCCCGCCGACUUCGUAGAAGGAUCGACCAAGCAGUGCAGCCGGCGGUCGAUCUUGUCCGCCCUACAUCACGGCACAGUAGGACAGAGGUCACAGCCAUUACAGGAUAUGAUACCACUGAAGAGUCCGAGGAAUACUGUGAAUUCGAAACAGCACAUGAGCGCACGGAGGCUAUUCAGAACGUUCCUGAACCUAGUCCAGGUGACCUUCCUGGCCUUCAAGGCAUUCCAGUGGAGAUUCAGGAUAUGGCUGCAAAAAUAGGCUUUGAAAUCGGCUGUAGGCCGUUCCAGCUGUUCUACACAGCAUAUGACAAAUGGAAGUCGGAUUUCAAGCCGGCUUUUAACAGUCCAGGAUCAGCCAAGGCUACCAUGGACAUGUUCAGCACCCUCUACGAAAUGGGCUUCAGGGAGAGAGACCUUCUUGACCAGCAGCAGGUCAACAGGGUGAGCCUCAAAAUGUUCAAGGAGAGAUUCAAGCCCAAGAUGGUACAUGUGGUGCCACCAAAUCAAUGGGCUUGAGGCAGCCUUUAAGGCGGUUGCCAACCCAAACCCCCAGAAGAGGAAGAACAGCUGGGAUAGCCAAGAAGGAGAUGGGGACGACUUCAACUCAGCAUCCAAGAUCUACUUGGAAGUGACUGAAAAGGAGAUUGAGGACUUCAUGGUUACGCUGGAAGCAACCGACCAGGACAUACACGCACAUGUCCGGAAGUCCCUGGUUGAGAGAUGGAACAACCGCAAGAAGUGGAUUGGAAAUCUACAGCAGCAGGCCAAUGUGGAGGAUGCUUUGAGAUUCAACUCCUUUGGAGCUGACAAAGAGGAGUUUGAGAAGUACCAGUCUUCACAGUCGCACCUGGAAUACUUGCAGAAGAGCUUAGGGCCUCUAAACAAUGAAGAUGACAAGUUCGUCUUCAUUGUCGAGGGCAAGGACAGUCCUGUGCUCUUAGCUGGCGGUGUGGUCUUUGGCAGUCUUGUGCACGACACGGACAAGGUGUCCGUUUUCAUUCUGCACAGGGCGAACAACAGCAAGAAGACUUCCAUGGUAUUGCCCAGUGGUACCAUUAAGGUUGGCAAGGAGCUCAAGAAGCACACGGUCGUAGAGCUUCCAGUGCAGAGCCUACUUGGCAGAUUCAGCAAGCAGCAGGUCAAGGAGUGGGCUUUCUCCCAUGGCUGCACAAAUGUUCUAUGGAAUGACUCCAUGGUCCAGUACAAGGGCAAGCUGGCGUUGGUUGCUUAGAGAGGUUCCUUGAUGAGCAGGGAUACAGAGCAAGUGGGCAGCUGCAGUCUAGAGCUAUGUGGUUCAGUGGUGUGUAGUAGGCCUACUACCUAGGUGUUCACUAGGAAAAAUGGAAGCAGUGCAGUAGUAGUGUGAAACAGGUCACAGGUGAAGGUUGAUGAAGAACAUGUGUGUAAAAUUGCAUGCCAAGAAAAGGUACUGCUGUUGCUGUGAUGAUUUUGGUAGCAGCCUCCAGAUUUGUAAAGAAUGUAUAUAAUUCCUGAUGAAUGUGGUUUUGUGCCUACCC